AUUACUGACGGACCUAUCACACAAAGAGCUCAAUAAGUGGCGGCGGGUGUAUAAUAAACUGUAAUUUGUCCCGGGACACCGGAGAGGACAUACGCAGGAGCGAGACACUGCACACCAACCGACACGAUCUUGGAGCAACAUCCUAAAGGGAGUCGAAUUCUUACCUAUCAUCAAAACACAGCGACAUCACUCUUAUCACCUGUUCUGCAGCAUAUCUUCCCACCUUGUCAGUAACAUUAACGGCAAACGCGUUUGACGUCACCCGAGGACACCAUGAGCAGCAACUACAGCGUCACUCUGUUGGGCCCGGCCCCCUGGGGCUUCAGGCUGCAGGGAGGGAAGGACUUCAACAUGCCCCUCACCAUCUCCAGGCUGACGGAUGGCGGGAAAGCGGCUAAAGGUGGCAUUGGUAUCGGAGACAUGGUUCUGUCUAUUGAUGGCAUCGCCACGGAGGGCAUGAACCACCUGGAGGCCCAAAACAAGAUCAAGAGCUGCACCGGCAACCUCAGCCUCAACCUGCAGAAGGCCUCCAGUGUUCCUAAACCACCUCCUGUGGCACCAAAGGACGACCGAUCAGACAUCAUAAAACCAGUGGCCCUCACCCAUCCCCCUCCACCGUCCCAUCCCCACCCUCACUCCUCCAGCCCCUCCACCACCCACUGCAACAAGACCUCCAGACCUUACGGGGGCUGCGGAACAGAGUACCCUUCCUCACAGUCCCCUUUCGCUCCCUUCAUACCAUCGCCAUCCUCUGCCUUCACUCCUGCUUCCUCCAACACCAGUUCUCCUCUUCCUCCUCCUCCACCUCCUGUCUCUUACCCAUCCUCCUCCUCCUCCUCCUCCCCCCCUGUCCUCGUCGCGCCCCAGCCGUCAGUGUAUAACACACCCAUCAACCUCUACUCCACUGAGAACGCAUGUGAGGUGGCCAUGGGGCAGAGGCGGGGUCUGUUGGAGAGUCAAGGCGGAGCCUUGCCUUUGCACCUUAAUGGAGUUCCAAGGAAACACAUUGUGGACACAGACAUCCAUUUUUACCAUGUGCCCACUCAUGCUGAUGCUAGCAGGAAGCGCAUAAUGGAGGACACAGAGGACUGGCGCCCUCGCGGCGGCACCACCCAGUCCAGAUCUUUCAGGAUUCUGGCUCAGAUCACCGGCACAGAGCGUGCUCAAGAUGAGGAAAGUGAUGCAGCCAAGAAGACAAAUGAGGAGGGAGAGGAGCCAGAACUCAAUAGCCACGAGUCUGCUGUUGUCAAGACCAUGACCAAAGGACCUGCUUUAUUCAAGGGUCACGGUCCGCGGCCUGGUUUGAUCACCCCAUCUUUCGGUAUGAAGGGUAAUGGAAGUGCCAGUGUCCCAAUGAGUCCUGUCCCAGCGCGACCUUUACCUCAGCCCCACCCGAAAGAUGAGGACACCCUGGUCCAGAUGGCAGAACAUCACCCUGCUGGGACUCGUACACCCAUGUGUGCCCACUGCAACAUGGUCAUCAGAGGGCCGUUUUUGGUAGCAAUGGGGAAAUCCUGGCAUAAGGAGGAAUUUAAUUGUGCCCACUGUCGUAUUUCCCUGGCAGACAUCGGCUUUGUGGAAGAAAAGGGAUUUGUCUACUGUGAACACUGCUAUGAAGAAUUCUUAGCUCCGACAUGCAGCCGCUGCCGGGCCAAGAUACUGGGGGAGGUGAUAAAUGCCCUCAAACAGACGUGGCACGUCUAUUGCUUUCUGUGCGCUUGCUGUCAGCAGCCAAUCAGAAACAACACCUUCCACCUGGAGGAUGGAGAGCCGUACUGUGAACAAGACUUCUACAGUAUGUUUGGGACCGGAUGCCAUGGCUGUGAGUUCCCUAUUGAGGCGGGAGACAAGUUCCUGGAGGCCCUUGGUUACACCUGGCAUGACACCUGCUUUGUCUGCACUGUGUGCUGCACCACUCUGGAAGGCCAGACCUUCUUCUCCAAGAAAGACAAACCUCUUUGCAAGAAACAUGCUCACACACUGAAGAUAUGA